AUGGAGGACCUUCUGAAAAAUAUCAGACUGGGGCGGACACUGCCCUCCUCUGUCCGCGGGCGUCAGUGCACUCAGACCGGGUGUAAGGUCACUCUGAAGCCGGUGUGUGGAGCGGACACUGCCCUCCUCUGUCCGCGGGCGUCAGUGCACUCAGACCGGGUCCGGUGUGUGGAGCGGACACUGCCCUCCUCUGUCCGCGGGCGUCAGUGCACUCAGACCGGGUGUAAGGUCACUCUGAAGCCGGUGUGUGGAGCGGACACUGCCCUCCUCUGUCCGCGGGCGUCAGUGCACUCAGACCGGGUCCGGUGUGUGGAGCGGACACUGCCCUCCUCUGUCCGCGGGCGUCAGUGCACUCAGACCGGGUGUAAGGUCACUCUGAAGCCGGUGUGUGGAGCGGACACUGCCCUCCUCUGUCCGCGGGCGUCAGUGCACUCAGACCGGGUCCGGUGUGUGGAGCGGACACUGCCCUCCUCUGUCCGCGGGCGUCAGUGCACUCAGACCGGCAGAGACCCGCGCUCCUCCGCCGCUGCGACCUGUGAUUCCACACAUCUGUUUUCACUGAUGAAGAUGAUGAAGAGGAGCAGAAACCCGAGCUCCAGUGAUGACUCCGACAGUGGCAGGUUGAGACCUGAACCUUCUGGUCUGCGUGCAGGUAACUCCACAUGUUGGUCGCAACGUUCGUCCCAUCGCCGAGCGGCGGGACACAAGCCCUCUGAGGUGUUCAGGACAGACCUGAUUACGGCCAUGAAGCUGGCAGACUCCACGCCGCUGAAGCCGCACGACUUCUACGUCCUGGGAGACGCCUGGAGACAGGAGUGGGAGAAAGGGGUGCAAGUCCCAGUGUGUCCCGAGGGGUUACCACGGGCUAAUGUGAGGGAGCUGUGUGAUCGCAGUAAAGACGUAAUGUUCGUUCGUCCAAAGAAGUUGAUCCGGUCGUCUGGUUCUGAAGCUCUGGGAUACGUGGACAUUUGCACUCUGUCUGAGGGGACCUGCCGAUACGACCUGGACCAGCAGGACCAGAGGUGGUUAGAGGCCACCAACCAGGAGCUGAGGCGCAUGGCAUUGCCGGCGGUGGACGAGGUCACAAUGGAGCGCGUGCUAGAGGAGCUGGAGCGCAGUUGCCACGCCCACAUGGCGGUUGCCGUGGAGACGCAGGAGGGGCUGGGCAUCGAGUUCGACGAGGACGUGGUGUGUGAGGUGUGCCGCUCGCCGGACGGAGAGGAGAACAACGAGAUGGUGUUCUGCGACAAGUGCAACGUGUGCGUGCACCAGGCCUGCUAUGGCAUACAGAAGGUGCCCAGUGGGAGUUGGCUCUGUCGGACCUGUGCCCUUGGGAUCGUGCCCAAAUGUCAGCUGUGUCCGAGGAGCGGAGGAGCCAUGAAGCCGACCCGCAGCGGCACCAAGUGGGUCCAUGUCAGCUGCGCCCUGUGGAUCCCCGAGGUGAGCAUUGGGAACCCAGAGAAGAUGGAGCCGAUCACAAACGUGUCUCACAUCCACAGCAGCAGAUGGACUUUGAUCUGCUGCAUCUGCAAAGAGAAGAGUGGGGCCUGCAUCCAGGUCUGA